UAUGCUGGGGGUUGUAGGCCCUGGCCCGCUCUCGGCCGCCGCGCGAGGUGUGUCGGGACGGCGCGGGGGCAACAUGGCGGCGGCCAGGCUGCGGGGCUUCUUCUCCGCGGCGGCACGCCUCACCGGCAUCCGCACACCACAGCCCCGCAGCUCACAGGCUCCGGCAGAGACGCAGCCCAGGCCAGACCCCUCGGGGCCACGAUACAUCGAGUACGUCCCCACGCGCAAGGCCAAGAACCCCAUGCGUGCCGUGGGGGUGGCCUGGGCCAUCGGCUUCCCCUCGGGCAUCCUCCUCUUUCUCUUAACCAAGCGCGAGGUUGACCGCAACCGCCUUGAGCAGCUCCAGAGCCUCCAGAACAUAAAGAUGGCCAACGUGGGGCCCGAGGCAGAGCAGCAGUACCGGGGAGCCCUGCACAAGGCAGGACGCAACUAGCCAGGUCCUGAAUAAACCUGAGGC